CAUGCACGUCCUGCGCGCGCUCUGCGUGAAGACGCGUGCGCAUGCGGGCGCGCGCGAUCUGGUGCUGCGCGGCGGGCGGGCAGUGCGCCUGUGCAGCCGGCGCAUCCCGAUGGAGCGAGACGGUGGCUUCGGGGCGGGAUCCCGGGUUGAGGGGGCUGCGCGGGGCACCAUUCUCCCUGGGAAGAUGGCUGAGCCGGGCGCGGUGCGGACCUCGCCACCUAACCACCGGCCUCCAGGCAUGGAUGGAUUUUUGAAAUCAGAUGAGAGGCAAAGAUUGGCCAAAGAAAGACGAGAAGAAAGAGAAAAGUGUCUGGCUGCACGUGAACAGCAGAUCCUGGAGAAACAGAAACGAGCCAAGCUCCAGUACGAAAAGCAGAUUGAGGAGCGAUGGAGAAAACUGGAAGAGCAGCGGCAACGCGAGGACCAGAAGAGGGCUGCAGUGGAAGAGAAGAGGAAGCAGAAACUCCGGGAAGAGGAGGAGCGGCUGGAGGCGAUGAUGCGCAGGUCCCUGGAGCGCUCGCAGCAGCUAGAGCUGAAGAAGAAGUGUUCCUGGGGAGCAUCGGUGGCUGCGGGACCCACAGGACGUGAUGGUGAAUCAGAAAAUCCCCCACCCCCUCCUCUAGGUUUAGCAGCCAGCACCCUCCCUCCGGACGCAGGGACUACUGCCGCAGCUGCCGAGUCCACCAACGCAUGUGACAAACUUUCAACAUCAACCAUGAAUUUGCCAAAGCAGACGGAGCCUCCCAUGAGUAAACGCCUAUCUUCAUCCACCGUGGCAAUAUCCUAUUCCCCAGACCGAGCUCCUGCUGGCCCUCUUAAGUCUUCUUACAAAUCUUCUCCCACUCGAAACAUUGAGAGGAAGAAGGCUGCAUCCACAUCUGGCGCAGGAGAUGCCACGAAAGGAAACCCUACAGGAGCAGAGGCCUCUCCGAUGGAGAAGGUGAAGAGGGGGCAGCGAGUAACAAGUCCCAUUCCCACCGGGAGCCUAGGGUCCCCUCUGAGGAGAUGUGAGCUUCCUGGAGUCAUUUCUAAGAGGUCAUCUUCUCCCGUGAUAUCCAGGACAACUUCAAAAGCAUAUCCACAGUCUCCAAAGACAGUGAAGCCUCCAUACCUAGGGUCGCCUGUGAAGUACCGCUUACCUGCUCUUCCCAGCCAAGAAACACCCAAGAAGAAAGCAGAGAAAGAGAAGAGCAACAAGGAAAGGGAAGGUGUCUUGGCUCAGCAGGCUGCCAGCCUGCAUGGAGAGGAAGUCCCAGAGAAGCACGUGGCUGAUAAGCAUGCCAGUGAGAAGCAUGCUGCUGCAGGAAACAAGACUGAGAGCAAUGCAGCCUCAGGGAAGCCCACAGCAGGCACCACUGAUGCAGAAGAGGCUGCAAAAAUCCUGGCUGAAAAGAGAAGACAGGCCCGGCUGCAAAAGGAACAGGAAGAGCAAGAACGACUGGAGAAGGAAGAACAAGACAGGCUGGAGAGAGAGGAAUUGAAAAGGAAGGCAGAGGAAGAAAGGCUUCGUCUACAAGAAGCAGCUUGUAAGCAGGAAGAAGAAAGAAAGCGGCAGGAAGAGGAAAUGAAGCAGCAAGAAGAGGAAAAGAAGAGGCAAGAAGAAGAAGAAGAGAAAAGGAAGGCAGGAGAGGAGGCCAAGCGCAAGGCUGAGGAGGAGCUGUUGAAACAAAAGCAAGAAAAAGAAAAGCAGGAGCAAGAAAAAGCCAUGAUUGAAAAGCAGAAAGAAGCAGCAGAAGCAAAGGCCCAGGAGGCCGCUAAACAGAUGCAUCUAGAAAGAGAACAGAUCAUGCUGCAGAUUGAGCAGGAGAGACUGGAGAGGAAGAAGAGAAUAGAUGAAAUCAUGAAGAGAACACGGAAGAGUGAUGUGUCUCCAGAAGUGAAGAAAGAAGAGCCCAAAGUGGGAAUUCAGCCUUCUGUGUGUGUGGAAAAUAAGACAAAACCAGUUGUUCCCAACAAAAUAGAAAUCAAUGGACUGAACACUUGCCAGGAAGUUAAUGGUGUGGGGCACACUGCUCCAGAAACUUUUCCCCGUGACAUUUUCUCUAAUGGGCUUAAACCAGUUGGGGGACUUGUUCAUCUGGAUGCCUUUGAUGGGAAAUCAAACAGUCUGGAUGAUUCAACUGAAGAAGUUCAGUCUAUGGAUGUGAGUCCUGUUUCAAAAGAAGAGCUUAUCUCCAUCCCAGAAUUUUCACCAGUGAGUGAAAUGAUUCCUGGAGUGUCUCUGGACCAAAAUGGAACUGGUAAUGCCCGAGCACUCCAAGAUCUCUUAGAUUUCACUGGUCCCCCCACAUUCCCCAAGAGGUCCAGUGAAAAUCUCAGCCUGGAUGACUGUAACAAAAAUCUUAUCGAAGGAUUUAACAGUCCUGGCCAAGAAACUACUCUGAACACCUUCUGUUGACAAAUACAGUAUCCCUUUAAUGAAAGGUGGUGUUUGGAGAACAUGUGAAGCUACUGGUAGUCAAAUCUGAGCUGCCAGCCAUCUGAAGAAGCUUCUGUCACCCUUAACUGCUGGAUUCCAAAUUAUUAGCUUGGAAUGUAACUGUAUUCCUAGGUAGUAUGUCAAACACUGGCCACUCUUGGUAGAAACCUUGAGACUUUUGCCUUGUUGGGCUUUAGCAAAGUUUCAGUUUACAGUUCUAUUUAUGAGCUUCAGCUGCUGAUAAAGAACUUCCUGUACUUCUCUAUUAUCAUAGUGACCCUGUGAAUAACCUGAGCGACUCUGACUCAGGAAUUCACUUUAUAACCGUUCUUAUACUCAAAGUUGGAGCACACAAACAUUUAGAUGUCUUGUAAACUAUUCAGACAUUUAUCCAAACUCUAGUUAAACAUAUACUCAACUUAGACUGUGUAUCUCCUUGUCUUUAUUGAGAAAGAGGAGAAAUUCAGGAUGUUCCUCCACUCCAGGGUUUCUCUGUUGGAAGGUACUAUCAAGAAGUCUUUUUAUGUUAUUAAGCUUUGCCACCUGCAAAAUGCAUUGCCCACAUUACUCUUUUGGGGUUAAAGUAGUAAGUUUGGUGGCAUAAGGAAGUAAAAACUGUGUAACAAUUUCUGUUCUUUUAUGCAUAUUCUUGUAUACAUGGGCAACUGAAUCUAGCAACGACCUUUUCCUGUCACACCUUAAAAUCUCCAAACUGUAGUCUCUCCAAACCAUCGAGUGGCUUUCCAACUGAAUGACUCCUGUGUCUUGUGUGCAGACAGUUGGUUUUCAUGUUCCUACUAUUGUUUUUCUAUAGGAUCUUGGGAGUUUUCUUUGUUUGCCCCAGUUGCUCAACUUUAAUAAAACCAAGCACAAAUGAAAAUCAUAAUGCUCGGAAAUAAUGGGUCCUGAAUUGGACCCAGUAUGUCACUUUAAUAGACUUUAACAUAAAAAACAUCUGAGUGGGGAAAAAUGACACACUAGAAUGUAUAUCCACACAUUUUAUGUCAUAUGAUGGUGUGUUUUCUUAAUUUUGUUUCUUGUGAAAUGUGACUUUCAGAUUAAAAUGACCUUUUCUUUUAAACUUUUUGCUUUGACUUGUACAAUUAAGAAUUUAGAAAGAUCCAUAAUUCUAAGAGAGGCUUGCCACCAGGAGGUAUAAAGAAGUCUCAAUAGUAAUCUUAUUAUGUGCUUCUAAAGCCAGCUGCAGUUUAAGAAUUUAUUAGUUAUGGAAACUGUGUAUGUUUGUGUAUGUGUAUAUACUAAAUAAAAUAUAUGCCUCCAAAUAAUGCAGUACCAUUGAUCUUGAUGAAUAUCCAGGGGAAAAUCCCUUUAUGACAAGCACACAGGAGAUGAUAGCAUGGUCUGACUUUCAAAAAAUGCCUCGCCAUCUUUCUUAUAGCUUUAUUUUGCUAUAUCUCUGUUUUGUUGUGAUCUGUUGUACCUCACUACACCAUUGUGACCAUGGUGAUACCUCAUUUGCAUGAUGUUUACAUUGUGUUUAAUGUGAAAUACAUUUUCAUUGAAGAGUC